AACAAUGGCCACACAAACAAACCCGACACCGGCAGUCAUCCUUAAUCUCGAUAACUUUGAAUUGGUUAAUGAAAAUCGAUUCAACAAAGUGUUCGACAUUGUCAACGAAAUUGGCGCCGGAGGGUUUGGUAUCGUCUAUAAAGUCCGCAAUCGUAUGGAGUCUACGCCUGAACAUGACAUACACUAUGCGGUUAAAGUAAUCCGAUUCAAUCAACUCACUGAAGAUAAUAGAGAUAUCAGUCAAUUGCUUAAUGAAGUGCAUAUCAAUGCCCGGAUGUCAACCCAUAAAAAUAUCGUCAAUUACAAGACAUCUUGGAUUGAAUAUUGCUCUCAACAAGAAUUGGAAAACUGGAAGAAUGGAUUAGAUAUUAAUACUUGUAAAGAGAGACAUGAAAGUGGAGACGAACCCAUGGAUACUGAUGUCGAUGCUGUUGAGAGUUCGGUUAAUGAUAUGCUUGAAAAUCUUUUAUCGGCUACUGUGCCGGUCAUUACACCAAAUCCAAUACGAGUGCCAUCAUCGCUAUGGGGACCAUCACUGUUCGUUCAGAUGGAACUAUGCAAACAAUCUUUAGAUAAUUAUCUUAAUCAACGCAACGAUAAAAUCGAAGGUCGACUCCCGGACAAGAGUCUCAUGAAAUUUGGUCUCAAAAUUAUUCGCGAUGUGACAAAUGGGAUACGUUUUCUUCAUCGCAAACGUAUUGCACACAAAGAUAUUACUAGAAAUAAUAUUUUGUUUGGAUUUGACAAAAUGUUUAAGAUAGCAGACUUGGGCUAUAGUAGCCUCAGGGGAUCAAGUGAUGAGAACGACAACAGUAACAUCGGGUCACUAUCAGGUUCGGGUCGAUCCUUCAAUCGUCGGCCGCCGGAAUGGAUCCCUACAAGUGAUGGUCGCGGCGAAGAUCUCUGGGAUCUCGGAAUCUUAAUGUUAGACGUGUUUUAUAAAUUUAAUGCAAUUACAGAUCGCAAUGAAGCAUAUGUUUACAGAAGCAAUCUCUAUGAUAAACGGCUCGUACCUAAUGAUCUCCAGGAGCUAUACCCGAACAUUGCCCGACUCAUGAUAUGGUUAACCGAAUUACAUCAAAAAGAUCGGCCUAUAAGUGCUGCUUAUGUUUUACGUGAAUGUUUGCCAAAACUAUUGAAUAGCGAGCUAUGCAUUGGAUUAAAAACCACAUAA